GUGUUGAAGUGAACGGACGCAUCGAGUGAUUCUUAAUAAAAUAAUAAAACACAUUUAUAAACCCAUUAUAAACACAGCCGCAAUGGUGCGAACUAAAGCUGAUAGUGUUCCCGGAACUUACAGGAAAGCGGUUGCCGCUACUGCGCCCCGGAAAUCACUCGGUGCUUCCGGAUCCGUGAACGCGCAAAGCGCCGGCGCGCAGUCGGGCACACCUGCUAAGAGUAAAUAUGUGGGUGGAAACCCUGUGUGCCCGCGGCCCACCCCCACAUGGCAGAAGGGCAUUGGAGAUUUCUUUGGGGGUCCGAGCAGAAAACCUGAGAAGGAGAAUCUUCAUCCUGUGUCUGAUGACGAGGAGGCGGGGGGGAGCGGCAUCAGUAAAGUGCCCAGGAAGUCCAGGCCGAUCAUCGACGACGAAGAGGAGGAUGAAUAAUAAUUUCAUGUUUCGUUCACAUGAGUUCUGAAUAAUUUUAAGUGUAAAUCUUUGUAAAUAUUAUUUUUGAUAUUUCCUUCCAUUUUUGUACAGACAUUUAAUAAAAUGUUUUUUUGAGAACUGACAUUU